AUGUACUGGCCCUACCAACGCCUUACUGACCCCUCCCAAUCACUAGAUAUUAACUUAAUACUACUGAAUAUGGCUACGGAACCACAGUAUAAAGCUGAAUUAAUCAAUGGUAGACCUGUUCUAUACCAGAAAACUACCCCCGAAUCCGCCUGGGACGACAUAACACACACUAGACAUAACGUUGACAAUCUGGAAUUCUACGACUUGGAUAUCAAGUUAACCAAAGUCUCCCAGUGUUCAACAGAGUUAUCCGGUCUUAUUUUCAGGAUAUUCCUGAAUUUCCUCUGCUACCACAUCAAACUGGGUGAUAAGUUAUUGUGGUCCUACUGUGCAGAUCCUUUUCAGGGAUUACCAAUUCAAAUCCUAUUCAAUCUCAAGAGAAACAGUAUGACUUUAGUGUUUAGUGGUAACAGAUUGAAGAAUUUGGACAUGAAGGGAUAUGACCAUACUGACUGGGUGAAGCCUGGGAAACCACUUACCAGAUUCAAGACUGAACGAGUAAUAUCUCAUAAGGGAAAAUUAGUACAGUUGUUUGGUGAGGAUGAACCAUUAUUACAACUGGUCGUUGAUGAGGAAAAGUUUUGGGAGUACAAAAAAGGUCCAUUGCCAAUCUCACGUAUUGCUCAAGUGCCGCAGUGCACAGUUACACUUGUUUUCCCAAUUAAUACUCAAGAUAGUAGUGGUAACAAUUACCAACCACUCACAUUCGUUGCUACUCCCACACCAAUACCAUAAUAUACUAUACUAUA